AUGCGAAGUCUUUUGAGGCAACUCACCGUCAAAAACGAAGAAACUUUUGAGAUCGUCGAGCAGGUUCACCUAGAGUUUAGGCGACGAGAGGCCAGGGGGAAGGUUGGCAUGGGGGACGUGGACAAACUGGAGCCACAUGAGUGCACACACUGGAUAGCCCAACUUCUCCAAACAGAUGAGGUAAUCAUCAUCAUCGAUGCUAUCGACGAAAUAGACGUCACGGACAGGCAUCUUCUGCUCAAAGAGCUGAUAGCGCUUCGAGACGAUUCAGGCCGUGUUACGAAGAUGAUGCUUUCUAGCAGAGACGACACAAACCUUGCGCAGUGGCUAGAAGGGUCAACGGAACUACGCUUACAAGCAUCCCUUACCCAAGCUGAUAUGCAAAGUUUCAUUAGACAUUGCGUCUCCAUGGCAGUCGAGAACAAACAUCUCCUUGACGGUGGAGUAGACCCUCUCUUCCAAUCAGAAUUGGAGUCUUAUCUUCUCGAUCGCGCGGAUGGAAUGUUCCGAUGGGUGGAGCUCCAAUUAAGACACUUUUGCGAUCUGAAGUUGAAACCCAGUAUAAAGCAGGCGAUGUCAGAUCCUGCUGGAGCUUCCAUUCACACCGUCAAUCAUCUGUAUGCUACAAUAUUUGAUGGGAUUCUCAAGACAGAUUCUGUGGCGUACGAAAUAGCAGCACAAAUCUUCCGGUUGAUGAUGUGCCUGCACGAGAUCAUGUCCCCUCAAGCACUACUUGCUGCAGCGUCUUUGACACGGGACGAGUCGCGGAACUCUUUGGAUCUUUCCGAUUUACUCAGAAUCUGCUCUCAUCUAGUGAUCCUUGAUGAUGAACUCGACACGAUCCGAUUCGCUCAUGCUUCCGUUCAAGAAUACCUGUCGCGUCUUCCGGAAUUCAGCGUAAUGAAUGCCAAUAGUACAGCCGCGUUGGCUUGUGUUACUAGUUGCAUCGACAGCCCGUUGCCCGAACUGAGUGUCGGUGUUCAACCUUCUCGCGAUUUCGACGUGUAUGCAGCGAUAUACUGGCCGCUCCACUACAAUGCUGCAAGCGAACAUGACCGUAACGAUUGUUUACAAGAUUUAUUAAGAGAGUUUAUGUUCUCAGAUCAGGAGUUUAUGUCGCCCUUUUCAUCCUGGAUCGAGACAGUUGAAAGUAUAGCAAAGAUACUGCCCUGGCCACACACGCGCCUCCCGGAUCUCGUUGCUGUUGGGAGCAAAAGCGCCACUCCGUUCUUCGCUGCAUGUAUCUAUGGGUUUGCGUUCGCUAUCGAAAACCUGUCCAGAACGCCAUCUUUUGAUGUCAAUCAGAAGAAUGCGCGUGAUAAUACGGGUCUGUACCUGGCAUCGGCUGCGGGUCAAACUCGUGUGGUAGACGAUCUACUGAAGCUGGGCGCUGACAUCGCAAUCGAAGGCGGGCGUCACACAACUCCACUUCAAGCGGCGUGUGCCAAUGGCCAUGGAGACAUUGCUCAGCUCAUCAUCAGACGGUCAUCCCAAAAGCUCACAGCUGAAGUGAUAGCUUCCGCUAUACAAACUGCUUUAUGUAAUGGUCAUGAGGACGUGGCGCUCAUCCUCUUGAAGAAGAAUGCUUUGCCAAUAUCGCAAGACACCGUCGACCAAGUUUUCGAAGUUGCGGCAGGUAUGGGCUUCGCAGAACUCAUGAACUACCUGCACCUGACAUCAAAGUCGUUGAGCGGGAAUAAGAAGCCUGUGAUCACAGGAGCGAUUAAGAUCUUUCACGAUACUAAACUUCGUUGGUUCCGAAACCACUUCCAAGACAAAGCACUGCCUAAUGAUGCUAUCGCAACAGCUGCAUUCUAUGGCCAGAACGAGAUUAUCAAGUUCUUUCUCGACAAGGGCCUGGGCAUCGAACAUGAAGGACCCUUCGGAACACCACUUCGUGCAGCCAGCCUGAUGGGCCAUGGCACGACUGUGAGAUUGCUUCUCGACAGAGAUGCGGUAGUAAAUGCAAAUGGACCAUUUGGUGACGCCCUUCAAGCAGCCGCGAUGAGAGGACACUUAUCUAUAAUCACAAUGCUGAUACGAAGUGGUGUAGCUGUGAACAACACUGGCGGUUAUUACGGCAAUGCGCUUCAGGCAGCCACAUAUCGUGGCCACAUCGAAGUUGUCGAAGCCCUCCUUGCAGCUGGUGCUCCCAUAGGCCAAAAGGGCUUGUUUGAUGAUGCUCUAAGUGCUGCGGUUUCAGGAGGCAGGCAGGCCAUCGCGGAUUUGCUCCUACGAAGCGGCUAUCGAAGCCUGUCCCUUUGGGAUGAGGAUGAGAUAAUGAGCGCGACAGCCGCUUAUCGUAAACGUCCCCCUCCAACACACGUUGAUCUCCUAUCAGCGCUCGAUUCUACACAUCACGUCGAGCGCGAUCGACAGGCACAUCGAGCGAACGCGAAUAGAGGACGAGAAAUUACCUUUGAAGAGGCAUAUAAAACCAUCCAUUGCAGCGUCGAAGUCGAAAGCGUCACAGAACUCACGGAUCUUGAGCACCACAAACGAUUUGGAUCUGAUGCUUUUCUCGUUGCUAUAGCGGCUGGCCAAGAAUCUAUAGUCCGAAAUAUGUUGGACCAUCGCUCCGCAAUUGGACUUUCGCCGUCCAAUAUCGGGAUUGGACUCAAGGUGGCUUCUGCGGCUGGUCAACUCGGUAUUGUUGACCAUAUUCUCAUGACAUCAGAUUCACCAAGAAAACAUAUUCCCCGAGCGUUGGAGCGAGCAGCAUGGUACGGGCAUAUCAAAAUCAUAAAGCGACUUCUCGAGUGUAAGGAAGCAUACGGCCCUCCGCCAGACUCAUAUUAUGCUCCGUUCACUCCAAAGAAAGAGAAGAGACUGAAGACAGUUUGCCACGACGGGCAACUCAAGAGUCAUCUCGAUGACACACAGUGGAGUAAAGUGUCUAGUGACAAGAAGGGGAGUCGGUGGUCGGACUAUUUUCCCUUCUCUUACCAGGUGCUCGAGACGAACGAAACGGCUGAAAACGGUCAUAUCAUGAGGAUCCUUCUACAAGGUUGUCGAGCUAACGCACCAGCCACAGUGGGGCUUGCGCUGCAAUUGGCCGCAGAAUCUGGAUUGCAGAAUCUACUUGCGAUCACUCUUCCUAUCACAAUCCAAUCUGAUAGCGAAAGGGUCUUACAAAUACUCUGUCGACAUAACCCUACCAUUGAUACAAUUGUGAUCGAGAAGGCUUGUGCUCAAGCGGAAAAAAACGAAUCUCUUCGUGUGCUCUACAACCUCUUGAAACACGAUGGCAAUCAUGACUACCAAAUGCAAGACUACUGGAAAGUAUUCCAUGGUGCUGCUAGUACCGAGCACAGCGAGCUUGUUUCCUAUCUUUGUCAUCAAACACUGCACUUGCAAGAUGACUCGGUAUUUGUACGGAGAUUCAUUGAGGCUGCGCAGGGAGGUUACGUCUUCGCAAUGAAAACUUGGGAAAGACGACUGCUUCAGUUCGCGGAUUUUAAGCUCUUCAUGUCCCAGGCUCUGGACCAGGCAUGUGCAAACGGACAUGCCGUGGUGGUAUCAUAUCUGAUCGAACGUGGGGUUCAUGUCAAUACAAUCGUCGAGGAGCCCGUGCUGCAUUCCAGCCUCGUUGACAACCACUAUAUAUCCAUGCAAAGGGACGGAGUCACCAAGCAAGAAGUUUGGCCAAGGACAGCACUGCAGGCCUGUCUUCAAGCCACGCCGCAAUACGACCGAACCCAUGGGGUUUCGACAAAAGAACUAAAAGAUUUCAAAGAACAGAAAAAGAAAUUUCUAAGCAAACAACGCGCAGUGAUCGAGCUACUAUUACGCGAGAAUGCAGAUGUCAGUGUCGUGGACAGCCAUGGACGAAGCGCUCUUCAUCACGCGGCUCUCUGCUGUCCUGCAGAAACGGUCCGUAUGAUAUUAGAGAGUGGAGCAGCAAUCGACCUGCCCGACGAAGACAACAGAACGCCAUUGUUUUACGCUGCGUGGAGAGAAUUAGACUCAUUCACUGUUCUCAAGGUUCUGACUAAAGCUGAGGAACAGGCAGUCAAAGCAUCAGCGACCCACUCUUCUUCAACUUUCCUUUUAGACGCUGCGCUUUCAGUAUUCAUCAGAGAAGGAUUCGUAGAGUCUGAAUCUGUUCAUCAAGUGUUAGAAUCCGGUCCAGGAGCUGUCAUUCGAUACCUUCUGCAAUCGCAACUUGACUUACAAGCCACCGCGAGUGGAUUCACUCUCCUACUCCAAAUGGCGGCAGCGGACGGUGAUAUUGAGCUCAUCAAAUUGCUCAUAGAACGUAAUGUUGAUUUCAAGGCUGUAGGACACUAUUUUGGGACGGCGUUACAUGCUGCUGCUCGGUUCGGCCACCUGGACUGCAUUGAACUGCUCGUAGAGGCUGGCAGCGAGAUUGCUUCAAUCGCAGGCAGGAAGAAAUGGAAUCCACUUCGUACCGCAGUAGAAGGCCGACACCUAGCUACUGUGCAACGUUUGCUCGACUGGGGUGCGAUGCAAUCUUAUGACUGUUCCAUCGAUCAGGGGUUGGCGCGAUACAGCCCGACAGGCUCAAUACUGACUUCAGCCUGCCGCAGCGGAAGCGUCGACCUAGUCAAGUUGUUGCUCUCAUACUCGGAACCUAACACUCUGAUGCCCGGGCAGACAGAGACACGGCGUACUCAGUUCGCAGACAUGACUAGCGCACUACAGGGCGCUUGCGAAAAUGGCCACGUAGAGAUUGCCGCCCUGCUGAUCGAAUAUGGGGCAGACGUGGAAGAGGAGUAUGGUCGGUUCUUGUCUCCACUGACAGCCGCUGCCACUGCCGGAGAUCUUAAAACAAUGAAAGUCCUACUGGCCGCAGGAGCUACCUUGUACGAUGCUGGACGAGCCAUCAACAUCUUGAGGACACUUGUCGUGGGAGAGAAACCCAAGGAUAUCAUCGACUAUGUCCUUAUCCGUUUGCUGCAUACGGACGAUUUCAUAUAUGCUUGUAGAGAGGUCCCUACUUACGUGCGCGCUUGGCAAGAAGAUGCCAAAUUUGUUCUCCAUGUGCAAACUAUGCAGAGCUCCGAUAGACUGCUUGCAAACCUUGCUGUCCUGGGUGCUCAACGAAGUAUGGAGCUGCUAUUUGGGAGCACAAUCGAGAUGGCUGAUGUGAGACCUCCGGUGCUCCAGGCAGCAGCCUACUUCCAGAGCUACAACAUUCUCUUCGAGCUCUUGCCGAUGGUGGUCAUCCCGCAACCCUUACCAUUGAAAUAUCAGUCUCCAGCCUACGCCAUGCUAGCAGGCCUCAUGCCUAUACAAAUGAAGACAGACAGGUCCCACAAGACUUUAUGCUGCGACGCUUGGGCCACGAAUUCCUUCUUGUACUCUUGGCUUCCCGGCCGGCCAAACAAGGAAUGUGCAUGCAGUAAUGCGCGCACUGCUGCCAGUGAGGCUAUAUUGAAGCUUGCGCAGAUUGAAGAAAGCCAUGUUUGCGCAUCAGCUGGCAUUCUACACCUAGCCUCUUACCUGGGAAUGCUACAAGUUGUCCAAGUCUGUCUUGAUCUUGGCGUCAAAAUCGACCAGCGUCACGAAUCAUUCGGGUCUGCGUUAAUUGCUGGAAUCGAAGGUGGUAGCUUGGAUGUAGUUACAAUGCUGCUUCAGCGCCAUGUCGAUGUCAACACAGCAUCUGAUGACAUUGGAACCCCUCUCUACCCCACAUGCCAGACGCGAAACGAGGCUGGGCGACGUUUUGUAAAUUACAAACCUCCCAGUACUGGAACGGCCUUGCAAAGGGUCUGUCAAAACGAGGAUUCCGAAAUGGCCGAAAUCCUUCUCCAGCAUGGUGCUGAAGUCAAUGUGUUGAUUCCUAGAAAGGGAACACCUAUGCACGUUGCUUGUGAAAAGGGAGACGAGAAAUUACUCAAAUUGCUUCUCAAAUACGGUGCCGACGUUGACAUCGUUUCACCCGAUUUGGGAUCAGCCUUGCAUGUAACAUGUAAAUCUCACAGCGCUGGCUUGGCCAAGAUACUUCUCCAACACGGCGCGAACGUGAACGUCUUCUCGUCGAAUCAUGGAACACCUCUGCAUGCUGCAUGCGCAGAUAAAGGAGAUGAUGCAACAAUACAGCUACUACUGGAGCAUGGUGCGGACGUCAAUUCGAAAGGAAGUAAUGGAGAAACUCCACUCACUUCAAUCUUGUCGCGGGAAAGAUACUCCUCCGCGCGAUUGAUAGAAUCGCUUCUCAGCACUGAGCAGCGCUUAGAAGCCACUGAAAACGAUUUGGAUCGAUUGAUGACCGGAUCCGGGUACCCAGAAUCUGCAAUUCAAACCUGCAAGCGGGUCCUGGCAGACAAUACGCAUUUGAAGCCUACGAUCGAGACCAUUCGGUUAUUGCUUUCUGGCCUAGGAUGUUCCGAUUCAAACAUACUUCGUCUGCUUCUUGCAAGAGCGCCACAUCUCACGAUCACAUUGGACAUAGUCAAACAGGCUAAGAAUCUAGGAAGUUUUGAGCUUCUGACAAGACACGGAUCUUGUAUCGAGAUUACAGCAGACUUAAUGCGAAGUUUCCUAGAUCCGCUCGAGCUGAACUUGAUAAAGUACUCCGUACAGUCUGCGCCUGAAGUAAGGCCACCACCUGCUGUCGUCACAGCAAUCAGAGCAAUCUUGGACCAACCGGAGCCCAAAUCUAAUGGAUCUCGACAAGGAGACUCGAUGGUAGCCUUCAUACGAUAUCGCCGAAGUUACCAAAAACCAAUUGCAAAAGAGAUCAUGGAGCUUAUACUGGCUCGACAUCCUGAUGUCGAAUCAUAUUCCGGCACAGCAUGA